AAAAUCACCCUGUAAGAACCACAGCUGAAUAAUACGAUCCGCGGGUUUUGUAAUGGAACCCCUUCCAGGGUUCCACACACGCUCCGAAUCUGGUUGAAAGUAAAAUCAGCGCCAGCCUGCUUGUCGCAGUCCAGUUUUUACCUGGGUUCGAGACAGUGAUCAUAAAACAAUCAUUUAAAAGCACAGAACAGAAUGUCGCCGCUAAUGGUCUCAACGCUACUUCUUCUAGGCGUAUCGUAUGCCUACGCUUACUCUGCUGGUGCCCCAGAAUCCGUAUGCGAAGACAUGCUUCCUAAGCAUCCCGUCGAUGCUCAAAAAUCCAAAAUGCCUUACAAGAUCUCUGUUAGCAAAAACCAAGUGAAGCCUGGUGAACCAGUGGAGAUUACUAUCAGUGGAAAGUCCUUCAAAGGUUUCUUUUUGCAAGUAAGAGAUGACAAAGGAAAACCAGUUGGUGAGUUCCAAAUUCCUGACAACGAUAAAUACGCCAAGACUGUGAAUUGUCAAAACAGCAAAGCGACCUACCCGCAACCCGUAAUGAUGAUUCGUGAAUUCUAUUGUAGUCUCUGGCAGAGAUUCGUUAGGGGACAGUCUUGUAGUUUACACGAGAAUGAUAAAGAUGGUGGCACACAUGUAUGUUCUAUCGAACGUUGUUACUAACACGACCGUACUAAUUAUCGUUAUGUUUCAGAAUGCUGCUACCCAUAAGAACGCGACUGACAAGAAAGAUUUUAAGCUGACGUGGAAAGCACCUGGAGGCGCUGGGAAAUACACUGUCUAUGCUACUGUAGCUGAAGAUGGCGGCACUUUCUGGGUCAAGAAACCAACGGAAGUCAUCUCUGUUGCCUAAUCAUUUUUUAUACUUUGUAAAUAAAACUUUGCAUAUAGAUUUGAUGGAAUAUUGUAGAUACCUGUAUUGGUAUAUGUGACUGUACUUUAUAGAUUUUUUUAAUAAAAAUAGCUAAGAUAGUCAAACUUUUCUUUUCGGAUCUUUUACCAGACUGUAAAGCGA